UAGUCAGAAGGUAGCCCCACUUCCUUCUAGCACUGAUGAUGUUACCUAGUUUAAUAAUGAAAUGUCUGGAAGAAAACAACUAACCUCAGAGAGCGCCUGAACCCUACAGCUCUCGUCCUCCUCCUCCUCCUCUCGGCACACCCCACUCUAUUCUACCCCUGACCAAAUUUUGAUAAUGUUUGAUAAUGAAACCUCUGCAAGAAAACAACCCAGCUCAGAGAGCACCUCUGAGAUUCUUUCUCUGAACUUUUUAUAUCACAACAGUCGAACGUAGGUCGAAAAAGAAGAAGGUGGAAGACCUUUUCGGACGGUCUAACUUUUGCAGGCGUUUCUAUUUUAAUUUGGGGUGCGUCUGUGACUCUUCCAAUCAGUGGGGACUCCUGGGGAACUGCCUAGAUAGAUCUGCAGUUUUCUUGGCAAGAUUUCAAGGAGGACUUGGCCAUGACCAGCUUCCUCGGGCUGAGAGAAAGGGACAGGCCCAAGGUCACCCAGCUGGUUUUGUGCCUAAAGCAAGACUAGAACUCACGGUCUCCUGGUUUUUAGCCUGGUGCCUUCGCCCCCGCCCCUAAAGUAGCUCUCUUUUUAAUUUGGUAAGUGUUUCUAUCUCAGUACGGCACAAAACCCUUCUCUCUUUUUUUGUAUUUUUUCCCCCAGGAAGAGCUGGAGAACUGAAGCUGGACAGCUCCAGAGCGGCGAGGGCUUUUGGAGAUUAUCUUUCUCAAAACCAUCCCGAAGGCAAGAAUGGUGCAGAUCACUUGCUGGCCGAGUCGUGUGUGGGUCCAGAAGACUCCCCAGAGAUUCACAUGGGGGUUCAGAACAAGCGGCGGUUGUCUCUCAUUUCUGACGGGAGGUUUCAGCCCGCCUUCCCUGAGGAAGCCAGCGAAAAACUGGCGGGCGAGGGCCCCAAACCCCACGUCUACACCAUUUCCAGCGAGAGGCCCAUGCUGUCGCAGCAGCAGAGCGAGAGCAUGGAGCUGGUGGUCAUCAAAGGGACGGAAGAAGAAGAAGAAGAGGAAGAAGAAGAAGGAGAGGUGGACGGAGACCGGUCCUUAGGUCAGCCUCUCCACAAUGCCGGGAGUUCUCACAACCUCAGCCGACAAUGCGAGGGCAGUUGGCCAAGUCACCAGCAAGGCUCGAAAGAGUAUCCCAGUUGUGCUCAGUUGACGGUGUCAUCUCAGCAUCCGUUUGAUCUAGAACACCACCACCAUCACCACCACCAUCAGCACCACCACCAUCAACACCAGCACCACCAUCAGAACCAAGCUGGUGAGACCGGCUGGCGGCAGAAGAAGCUGGAACGCAUGUAUAGCAUGGAACCUGUUUCCGAUGAGGUUCCUAUCAGGACCUGGCUGCCCAAAGAGAACCUUUUCACUUUCCAGACAGCGACAACCACUAUGCAAGCCAUUUCGGCGUUCAGGGGCUACGCUGAGAGGAAGCGUCGAAAACGGGAGAACGAUUCGGCAACUUUGAUCCAGAGAAACUUCCGGAAACACCUCCGUAUGGUAGGCAGCCGCCGCAUGAAGGCGCAAACUUUUGCCGAGCGGCAGAGAAGUUUCAGCCGGUCCUGGAGCGAUCCCACUCCCAUUAAGCCUGAAAACCUCAACGAUUCACGAGAAAGCCAUGAAUUUCAGGAUUCCUGUUGUGCCAUUGACAAAGGGGUCGACUUGAACUGGGAGGUGGAGAAAGAAGUGGAAGCGGCCGCCUGCAGUGGGGAGGACUUCGUUCCCCCCAAAAUCAUGCUCAUUUCCUCCAAGGUGCCCAAAGCCGAGUAUGUUCCAACAAUUAUCCGCUGUGAUGACCCAUCGAUCAUCCCCAUCCUCUACGAUCAUGAACACGCCACCUUCGAUGACAUCCUGGAGGAAAUCGAAAAAAAACUCAACAUCUACCGGAAGGGCUGCAAAAUUUGGAAAAUGUUGAUUUUUUGCCAGGGAGGUCCGGGCCAUUUAUACCUCUUGAAGAAUAAAGUCGCCACCUUUGCCAAAGUGGAGAAGGAGGAAGACAUGAUCUACUUCUGGAAGCGGUUGAGCCAUCUGAUGAGCAAGCUGAACCCGGUUCCAAAUGUCAUCCACAUCAUGGGAUGUUAUGUCUUGGGGAACCACAAUGGGGAGAAGCUCUUCCAAAACCUAAAGAAUCUGAUGAGUCCUUGCCGAGUGACCUUCGAAUCUCCUCUUGAACUUUCAGCUCAAGGAAAGGAAAUGAUCGAGACUUAUUUUGACUUCCGUCUCUACCGAGUCUGGAAGACCCGCCAGCAUUCCAAGCUGCUCGAUUACGAUGACAUUUUAUGAUCGCCGCCAGGACAGGCCAGGAGGAAUUUCACGGGUGUCCUGAGCAGGCGGGCGUCGCAGAGUGGGAGACCUUUUUUUCACGGCCGCCAGGAGGCCGCGAGAGGCACCGGAGAAGCCAUUGGGAUGUCGACGUUCAAGAGGUCCGCUCGGCGGCUUGAGGCACAAGAUGGACGGAGCACUGCUGAGGGAGGAAAGGGGGUAGGUCUUCAAGGACCGAGGUCGCUUAGGUCGCAAGAGGCCCCACGCCAUGACAAGUUCUUCUCAGAAGACAUUUGAAGCUCAGGUUUCCUAUAGAGACUUUCAACCCAUCAUCUAGUCUAUCUCUACUUCACUCUCAUGGAAGGUCAAGAACUUCUUUGGUUCACUCUUGGAGAUGAUCCAUCAUCUUGUCUAUCUCUACUUUGUUGUCAUGGAAGGUCAAGAACCACCUUGGUUCACUCUUGGAGAGGACCCAUCAAACCAUUGAGGCGUUUGAAGAAAGCCAGACCCUUUAAAAAAAGAAGAAAUCUCAUCCAUUUUAAGAACAGGUGUGAAUUCUGUCUCUUUCACACACGCAUCCAAACCCAUCUCCAGAAGUGCAAUUUUCUUUCUUUCUUUCUUUUUACAAGCAGAGGAAAUAUUUAACCAGCUGUUGCCGUACCACGCACGCCGAAUAUCUGGCAGAUGAGAUAUUUUGGAGUCUGCUUGAGAAUAUAGUUGACAUCGUAAUAUACCUUUAUAGAUCUGUCUCUCCACCUCUAUAUAUUUAUACUGGUGGGUAGCUAAGAGAUAAACAGCCAUUCAGGUUUUCUGCAUCUGGCUGCAGACAUUUGACUUGGAUUCCACCAAAACCGUGGAGGGACACUUCAACUGUAGAACGUCCCUCCAGGACAGACCUCAAUCUUAUUUUAUUUUACAUAUAUAUUUUUUUCAAU